GCGCUGAGUCCUUGGGUAUAAAAGGGAGUGCCACUCUUGGCUGCACGGAGGAACAUAUCAAGAUAUCUUCUUCAUCUGCACAAAAUAUCUUCCUCUGGCCCUGCUCAGACAAGAGACUGAAGAUAUACGUCACUAAAAUCAGCAUUUUCGUUCGAGUUCCCUCUUUGUGGCAGACAUCAGUUGCCCUACUCGGCACACAAGCAUAGCACUGCUGGAGCACUUGCACUGCCAGGCAAAAUCAUUACCAUGGUUCGGGCAAUAAAGCUUAUGCCACCUGCAAGGCGGCAGGUGCCUGGAAACAAGUCCAGAGAAAUUUACCCCUCUCCACUUCAAAAUAACUUCCAAAACACAGCACAUGGUUUCUCUGUGAGCACAUCAAGAGAGUUCGCCACAGUUCCUGAACCCCCCUUCCCAUCCUUUCCUCAUUCUUCGUCCAUCUUUUCUUCCGCCUCAGCUGCUCACUCCGCACGCAAUAACAAACAUACACAAGGACAAACCAAACCCUAUCACUUUCACAUUUCUUUACUCGGCAGAGUGUUUUGUUCCUAUCCUACAAUACUACAUCAGACGUUGCAUCUUCUUACUUUCAAGAUGGUUCGUACCUUGCACAUGAGCCACCACAACCCCCUAACCAAGGAGACGUUCAACACCAAUGACCAGCUUCGGUUUGAUUUCGAAUAUCCAGAGCAGGCCAUUAUUAUCCCAACUAGAUACAAUAGUCGUACCGACUUAGAGAGGGAUGUCAAAAAAGUGAUUGCAAAAAUCAAAGAAAGCCGCGAGCGCUUUGGUGAGAUGGGGAGGGACAAAACUCUGUCCAACAGACAAGUGCGAACCACUCUCGAAAUCGCCAACCAGAUCGUGGACUCGAUGAAUACUAUCGUCAAGCGGUACGACUUUGAGAGAGAAGAGGGCCUCAAGAUCAAGAAGCAGCGCGAGUACGCUGCGAUUAAGGAUGCUGGCAUGUCCAAACUUUUCAAGCAUGCUGAAAUCGCUCUCAAGUACCACUUGGACCUCCAAGAGAGGUGGUUCAUCUUCAAGAUGGCCAGAUCGGGUCGUCAAAUGCAAGAUGCUCUCGAAAAAUUGAGGCGAUACAGCUUUGAAGCGUUGUCCAUUUCCAACGGAAACGAGCCUCUUUGGGGAACAACACUUGUCUAAGGACUCCAUUCACUUCAAGAUAUCGACACAGACGCACGCCAAUUCAUCUAUGGCCUCAGAGCCCACUAGAAAUUCGUCCGCUCAAAGAUUUCCAGCUUGAAGGGCCCCAGUCGCGGAGAUCUGUUGAGAAUGAACAUUUUGGGAGCAUAUCGAACAGGGAGUACGACGAUGGACUUCAUAAUGUAUACCAUAGGCGUCUGAUGACAGGCCCAUGGACUUUAAUGACAUGAAGGGACCGGCAUGGGAUUGCGCAUUAAUGGUUAUUUUGGAGUUGCUAUGUGUUUAUUUGUGGUUUUAUCUCAGGGGAACAACGUUACCGGUAUUCUUUGUUGCUGCGGCACUGGUACCACUACGCAUUACGGAUUACGAUUUACGGAAUAUUCAUCAGGACAUGAGAAUUGCAAUGAAGGGCAUCGAUGUCAAUACACUGAACAUUGCAUUUACACUUGAGG